AUGACAAUAUGGCUGAAUGUUGCGGAGAAGCCCAGCGUGGCGAGGGAAAUAGCAACCAUUCUUUCGGGUGGUAACCAAAGAACUAUUCGCAGUCAUUCCAUCUAUAAUCCAGUUUUCGAGUUUAAUUUUGAGGGGAAGACAAUGAUAUGUACCUCCGUAUCGGGGCACCUGAUGGAGUCCGACUUUCCACCACAAGCAGCGGGCUGGGCAAGUUUCCCUAUCAUUGACUUAUUCACUUUGGGCACGGUGAAGCGCGUGAGGUCGGAUCUUAGUGAGAUUCAGAAGAACCUGAGGGAACUUGGAAGGCGUGCCACGACACUUGCCCUGUGGAUGGACUGUGAUCGUGAGGGGGAAAACAUCUGCUUCGAGGUGAUUGAUGUGGUGCAGAAGGAGCACAGUUCGAUUUCUAUUUGCCGUGCACAUUUCUCUGCGCUUACGAAGCGUGAUAUACUUGGCGCGAUGCGCAAUCUCAAAGCCCCAAACAGGGCCCUCUCCGAGGCCGUAGAGGCCCGUCAAGAACUCGAUCUUCGCCUCGGGGCGGUUUUCACGCGAUUCCAAACCCUGAAGUUUUGCAGCCAGUUCAAAAACUUUCCAAAGGUCCUGAGCUUUGGUCCGUGCCAGUUUCCAACUCUUGGGUUUCUGGUUCAGCGUGGCUGGGAGCAGAAAGGGUUUGUGCCGGAGGAUUACUUCACACUCACUCUCCAGCACGGUGAUACUUCUUUUAACAGUGUGCGUGGCCCUAUAUACGACAAGAUAGCGGCAGCUGUGGUGCUUCAGCAGAUGUUUGAUGAGGCGCGCACGAGGCCUGAAGCGGAGGUUGUGGAAGUUAUGAAGCGACCCAACAGACGACGUCCGCCUUUCCCGCUUUCAACUGUCAUGUUGCAGAAAUUGUGUACCGCACACCUGCGCAUAUCGUCUGAUCAGUGCAUGACCUGGGCAGAGAGCCUCUAUCAAGAAGGGUACAUAUCGUACCCGCGUACUGAAACCGACUCUUUCUCGUUCACAGACAACGAACUGCUGGAUAUAGUGGGAUCGCAGAGGCGGAACCCGGAAGUUAGUGGGUUUGUGGAAGCGAUGCUUGCCGAUCCAAACAGAAAAUUUCGUCGGCCGCUGAAUGGUGGUCAUGAUGACAAGGCACAUCCACCUAUCUAUCCCACGAAGCCGAUGCCCGCUGCCAACGACGGCAGGGCUAAACUGUAUAACCUGAUUGUGCGCCACUUUUUGGCGUGUACUUCACCCGACGCCGUGGCUUCCACCACUUCCGUCGCCGUUGUGUACGGUGGCGAAAAAUUCACAACAUCUGGGACAACCAUUGAUGAAAAGGGUUGGAUGGAGGUGUAUAUCUACGAACGAUGGAAGAGCACGACUCUGCCAACCUACAAGCAAGGCGAGCGUUUUCGCCCGACACAUGCAGACCUUGAACAGCAUCGCACCUCUCCACCCCCCAAUUUAACGGAGGCGGACCUUAUAACGCUGAUGGAUAAACAUGGUAUAGGGACUGAUGCGACAAUAUCACACCACAUCAAGACUGUAGUGGAAAGGGAGUACGUAAAGCGUGAGGGUUCUUCGUUAGUUCCCACACAUGUUGGCAAUGCGCUUGCGUCGGCUUACGAGGUAAAUGGACUGGUUAGCCUUCUGCAACCGCAGAUGCGGGCUCAGAUGGAGCUCGCAAUGGCGGAUAUCGCCGCGGGAAAGGCGACGAGGAGGGACGUUGUUGACGCCGCCGUCCGCCUAUACAGGGAAAUAUUUCAAAAGAUGUUGAGUUUAACUGAUGCGAUGAACAGAGUGCUGCACCUCCAUCUCGACCCCGUGUAUCAGACUGCCGUGGAGGAGGUUGGAACCUCCAGAGCUCACAUUUCGGCUAGUGGGCUGGUGGAGUGCGGGACUUGCGGUAACCCUAUGAACUUGAUGGAACAUGUCCAGAAGGAGCGCAACCCCUGGUUCGUGCGUUGCGAUACAUGUCAAAAGGAGUAUCGUGUCCCGAAUGGGCGGCAUAACCGCAUAGAACGCAGUGGUCACCGUUGUGUGAUAUGCAAAUUUGGCGUGCUAGAGAUAACGAACAUCGACAAGGGCACAUCUCACACGGUGUGCCCCUACUGUUUCACAUCGCCUCCACCAGGUGCCGAGAUGGAAUCGUUGGCAGAGUUUCGUUGUUUUCACUGUGGUGCUGACUGCCCGCUAGCGAAGGGACAUGAAACGGUGACAAUCACAAACUGUAUGUCUUGCAAAAAGAACGGGCUUCGUAUUCGCUCCAAUAACUCGGGUUUCUUUUUAGCUUGCCGUGGCUUUCCCGUGUGCAACUUUACCAUUAAGCUUCCUCCGGCGGAACGAGUGAGUCUCGCUUACGACGCGCGUUGUCCAUCGUGUAGCGCCAUCAUGCUCAAGUUUGACUUCGGUGGAUCUCCGGCUGUUCCCGGAGUGCAGGAAGGAGAGAAGGUGUGUGUCUUUUGUGAUGCUCGGAUGAAAGAGCACAUACGGACGAAAGGAAACAAUGUGCUCAGGGGGUCUCGUUCCGCACCACAGGAGCGGCAACUUGCACAACAGCAACAACCUCGACCAGCGUACACACUCCCUUCAAUAGAUGUUAAUAGUGGGUUGUUUCAAAUACCACCCGGCCUCGCUGAUGGUGCCGCUACGCCGUUGUGUCAUUGUGGAUUGCCUGCCGUGCAUCUUGUAUCUGGUCAAGCGGCUUCCAGGGGCAGGCGCUUCGUAAAAUGUGAUGGUUCAAAGUGCCAAUUUUUUCAGUGGUUGGACUGA